UUGCUCUUUAUUUUUGGAGUUUUGCCAAGUUUAUUUGCAUUCAUUGCAAAGAAAUUCAAGUGAUCAAACUUUCUGUGUGAAAAUUUGCUUGAAAUGGCUCUCCCAGAAAAUUUAGUGAGAAAUUACAAGAAAUUCCAGGAGCCAAAUGGACUUCCUAUCUUCCUCAAAGGAGGCCCAUUCGACAGGAUUUUGUUCGGUUCGACAGUUUUCCUCUGUGGAGUUGGACUUAUAUCCAUAGCUCACAUGGUAUAUACCAUGGGAUUCAAGAAGAAGGCCAAAUAAGUAUGUUUUUUUUUUGUCUGAAGAAGAACAAAUAAAUGAUGUUUUAGGAAUGUA